GUUCUCGCAUCUGGCCCUGUGAAAGGUGCUAUGAAAGCGGAUAUAAUUGUAUUUCUUAUGUUUGACUGUUUCUAUAUUACUCAAAUAUAUUUUAUAUUAAGGUAUAUUUAUGUUACACCCUUCUUAAUAUGGAGUAAUCACCAGGAACUGGUAGAUAUUCUCGCAUCUGGCCUUGUGAAGUGUAUUAAAGAAGCGGAAGUACUUGUAUUCCUCAGUUAG